CAUCACGCCACGAUUUUGCAGCAACCCGAUGCUUGCUUUCUGCUUCCUUGCAUCGUCUUGAGUGUUAGCAGAGCACAGAUCACUGCUUCGAGAGCUUGUCAUUGAAGCCUUGCCUACAAACUCAUGAUGAAAGCCUCUCACCUCACCCGGAAUGUGUUCCAGGCGAUUAUCGCCAACAGACCCUACGUUGUUCGAGAAUGUCAGAGACGCUUCGCGACGAGAACGAGACCUCAAGUACUUGCACCUUUCUAUAGGUCUCACCAGAAGCGAACCCUAUUUGGGCUCAACUUUGGUGCAGAGCCGACUACGUUGGAAGGUGCAAGAACUAGUCCUGCCAAUGUAGAGCGUGCACUGGUUCGUCUGGUGGAACUUGUUAGAGCUAGAAGGACUCAUUCUAGGCUACCACCAGAUGAUCAGGUCGCCGAUGCGUUCAAAUACUUCUUCGCCUCCAAAGUCGCAGCGCCCGGACGAUUGACGAGGAACGAGGCUUUCCUUGCUACAGAGGCAUUCAAACAUUUGCAAGAGCGUGGACAUAUCUUAUCCGGAGACAAGAAGACGGGGCUGUCAGAAGAAGACCUUGAAAAUGUAUUGUUGGCAUUGGCAACCUCUACUGGAAGAGACCGAUAUCGCAGUGAUGCUCGUAUUCUGGCAACGGUCGUGUUUGAGGCCCUGCAAACACGAUCGGGAGCUGUGGAUGACCUUGAAUUGCCUCCCCAAACUGGCCACCAAGCAAUCAAACCUUCUUUGUUAGUAACUUAUAUCACUGUCUUGUCCAAGACAGGCUCGGCUCCUGAUGCGUUGGAGCUGUUACGGCAAUCGCCACAAGGCUCUGAGAGAGCAAGUCUCCCGAUGUGGGCAGUGGUCCUCACAGGCCUAGCAAAUGAGGGACGAAUGCAAGAUUUCUGGAGAGCCGUUGAAGAGAUGCGUGAUGCUGUUGGCCCAUUGGAUGCGGCAUCACAGGAAGCGCUCGUCACCUACUUCGCCGAGCAUGAUGAAUUUCACACCCUCCAGAAAGUCUUUGAUCUACCUCUCGAAGAGGGCCAAGUGCCGUCUACGCACUCUCUGGUCAAGGCUGUAGACUGUGCUAUGAGGAAUGGAGAGUUGAAGUGGGCAGCUCGUCCUUUCCAACUCUUGCAAGAACGAACCGAUUCAGGUGAUAUGGCCGGGACAUUGCUCCUUUGGUAUGCUCUGCAUGAUCCCGAGGUGAACAAUGUUCGACAAAAGCUUGAGCAGAUGGCAAGGACGGGAGUCACAGAUGCCCUGACAAUGAAGACCAUCAAUCGCCUCGUUGAGCAUGCUUACUUGCAAAAUCAAGCCGAGAAUGCCUCGAGAUACAUACAACUAGCUGAGGAUCUCGGGCUGAGGCCCGACGCUAAGACGCGCUCUCUACAGUUACACUACCAGCUCCAUCAAGGCGAUCGCACGGCCGCCUACCAGACAUACGAACUGCUCUCUAGGGAAGAUCUUCCCGACGACAGGUGUGAUGUACCAGUCCUCAACGAAUACAUUGCAGCAUUGUCCUUCUCCGCCAACCCGGAAUAUACCCACCUCAUGCAAGUGGUUGAUCAUGUUCUCGACAACGGAGCAGAUCUUGAUGCUGAGGCUGUCGCUGGACUUUGUCAUGUCUUUCUUCAGAAGGACGAGCUGGACGAAGCAACAGGAAUCCUCCGCCACCGCAUUGAUUCGUAUCCAAUGGACGAUCGAGCACGCAUCGCUGCGGUGUUCCGUCAAUUUAUUGUCGAUCCGACGAUCAAAGAUCAACGAGCCUUCAAUGCGUAUGAAUUGUUCAGACAUGCAUUCCCAGAGGCAAGAGUCGAGGACCGCGUCUUAUUGAUGCAAUCGUUCUUUGACCGUGGCCGUUCGGACUUGGCAUGUCUAGUCUUCGGUCAUAUGCGGCAGCGUGAGGACGCUGAAGCCCGCCCCACACCGGAAGCUUACGCGAAAUGUUUCGAGGGCGUUGCGAAGUGUAGAGACAUUGACGGUCUUCAGAUGGUUUACAAUAUGCUCAAACUUGACUUGGAAGUGGAGCAGACGACGCGCAUCCACAACGGUUUGAUGGCCGCUUACACCGCAUGUCAGCAGCCUUUCACAGCAAUCAUUGACCACUUCUGGAAGAUCAUGGAGUCACGCGAAGGUCCGACAUUAAGCUCCUUUGCACUCGCGCUACAGGCUUGCGAGAAAUGGAUUCCCCAGGGGGCCCAUGAGGCUAGACAUAUUAUGGCUUUGAUGCAAAGCUUCAAUCUCAUCAUCACAAAGCAGACUUAUGACUGCUACAUUGGCGCGCUGGCUGGUCAGUCAGAGUUUGAAAACGUUGUCGAAUUGAUUGAGAAGAUGGAAGAAGAUAUUGGGGAGCCACCUGAUGUCCUGACUAUUGGGACUUUCUACAAUGCUAUACCAUGGCAAUAUCGCAAAGAUGAAGUUGAGAAAUGGGCCAAGCAGGCUUACCCUGAGUUAUGGGCGGAGUUGGAAUCAUACGGUGACGAGAUCGAUGAAGAGUGGGAAAUCCGGUACUUCAAGAUCGAUAGGACGAUCGACAUGGACGACGAGUUACUGUUCGCACCAGGGGAGUAUCACCCUGUUAUCGCACAGGCGAGUCAAACGACGCUGGAAGCGCCUAAGAAGUAAGGCGUGGGUCCGGGAGAAAAUCUGCAAGGUAUACAAAACUUGAUGCUCAUAAUAAAGACGUCGUCAAAAAUGUGCAUCGAUUUAUUAAU